UGAUCAUCUUGCAAACCAAAUUUCUCUCUCUUUCUCUCUCUCUCUCAUGGAGAAUUACCAAACCAUAUUUCAGUCAUCAUCUUCAAGUUCUCAUUUAUCCUUAUUGAACACGUUAAAUUCUCAAGCACAAACUCAACUCCAAGAUCAUAACAAAUCAAAUGGAUACUCGAGAAUCACAAGUAUGGAAAUUCCCGGUUCGAGUAUUUCAGGUGUUACUCAGAGUAACAGUCUUACUGGGGUGGAAACUGAGGUGAAAAUCGGUAAGAAAAGGGGAGAGAAGAUAUCAAGGAAACCUAGAUACGCUUUUCAAACAAGAACCCAGGUCGACAUACUUGACGAUGGAUACAGGUGGAGAAAAUAUGGCCAGAAAGCAGUCAAGAACAACAAAUUUCCAAGAAGUUACUAUCGUUGUACGUAUCAAGGUUGUACCGUUAAAAAGCAAGUCCAAAGGUUAUCUAACGAUGAAGGAAUGGUAGUUACAACCUAUGAAGGGACGCAUUCCCAUCCUAUUGAGAAGUCUACUGAUAACUUUGAGCACAUCUUGAGCCAGAUGCAAAUUUACCCUUCAAUUUGAAUCUUGGGCUGCUCAAAAAUAUAUUGAAUGUAUAUCUUAUGAAAUAUAUCGAGAUUUAAAUUCUAGUGUAAAUAUUUCAAUAAGUUGUGCUAUAUUUCAUGUCAGUACGUGCCAUUUUGCACAUUUUCUACUAAUAAAGGUCCAAUUUGCAGUUUAUA